AUCAAUGCUUAAAUACAAGCGUACAAGUUCCUACACACAUUCAAAGGACCAUCCAAAGGUUCACCAUGAAGGCUUUAGCUGCUUUAUGUGUAAUUCUAUGCAUUCUUUAUCAGGUUAACGGAAAAAGCAUACCGGACCAUAUGCAAGGGUCAAGACGAGAGGUGCGGGAAAUAAAUGAUCCCGGAGCAAUCGACUGCAAAAUGAGCGCCUGGUCUCAGUGGACGCCCUGUGACCCGUGCACUAAUAUGACGCAUCGCUCUAGAGGUAUCGAGGUCUUUGGGCAGUUUAAAGGCUCGAGGUGCAUAUACCCAAUUGGAGACCGGAAAACCUGUAAACCUACUACCAAGUGCCAGAUGGACCCUCCACCUGUCUGCAAGAGCUCUCAAUGGAGGUGCGAAUCAGGAAUAUGUAUAAACAAAAAUCUGAGGUGUAACGGGGAUUACGACUGUGGAGAGCCUGAUACGUCUGAUGAAGAUGAGUGUGAAGUUACCAGGGCACCUUGCGGCAAGACAGCUGUAUUUGAGUCUGAUAUAGCCAACCAAGCUGGAUACGGAAUAAAUAUUCUGGGAUCCGGACCUCGAAUGAAUCCCUUCAAUAACAGAUUCUAUAAUGGCCAAUGUAGCCGAAUCAGAGAUCCAACCACGUUGGAAUAUAACAGACUGCCCUGGAAUGUUGGAGUUCUCAACUAUGAGACAAAAGUGGAAGAGAGCAGCUCUAAGCAGAUGUAUGAGGACAUUCACUCUUUAAUAAAAGAGAUAACUGCGGAAUCCUCCACAUCUUUUGAAAUGGGCUUAAACUUCAAGUUUACACCUACUGAGGCUAGCAGUGCUGGUUCAGCUGGUGACGCUGGCAGUGCUGGUUCAGCUGGUGACGCUGGCAGUGCUGGUUCAGCUGGUGACGCUGGCAGUGCUGGUUCAGAUGGUGAAGUUGCAAGCGCCAGUGACGGUGGUGAAGCAGCCGUUCCUGAUGAGGCCGGGGCAGCUGAAGGUCCUGGUGAGGGCGGUGAAGCUGAAGGUUCUGAUGCAGGCCAAAAUACUAGUCCUGGCUUAGGUUUUAGUGCAACAGUUGGAGUUAACACUAAGCAAACAACAACAAAUAUCAUCAAACAACUGUCAGAAAUCACAACGACCAAGAGGAAGACCUUCAUGAGAGUGAAAGGCAGAGUGGAGCUGGCAACCUACAGGAUGAGACAGCGAGGGCUGGAGGUGUCCUCAACUUUCCUGGAUGAUGUGGAUGCCCUGCCACUAACAUAUGAAAAGGGACAGUAUUUUGCUUUCUUGGAGGACUAUGGAACACACUUUACUAAGAACGGAAAGUCUGGUGGAGAAUACGAACUUGUUUACAUAAUGAAUGAGGAUGUCCUCAAACUGAAAAAGGUCACAGCAACUACAGUCAAGAAAUGUUUUGAGCUCGGCUUUACAGGCCAAGUCCAGUUUUCUAAAGUAGUAUCAGGAGAAGGACAACUUAAACCAACAGAUGACUGUAAUAGUCUAACAGACUCCCCCACAGAUGACAGGAACACGAAGGGGGCUAUUGAUAAAGUGCUGAUCUCAGUGAAAGGGGGCAGUCCGGCUUCAGCAGUAGCCAUGAAGUCUCAGCUCACUAAAGAUGGCAUUCUAGACUAUAAUCAGUAUGUGGAAUGGGCAAAGACCAUCUCUGCACUCCCAGCUCUCAUUCACAGUGAUCCUGAACCCAUCUACAACGCAAUUCCUUUGGACUUUCCUGACGCUCAGCCGAGGCGGGACAAUCUCAAAAGAGCCCUGGAUGACUAUGUGGCCGAGUACAGCGUGUGUAAGUGCCAGCCGUGCCAGAACGGUGGUACUGUGAUCCAGAUAGACGGGGAAUGUAAAUGCAUGUGCCCACCAGGGACUGAAGGUGUGGCGUGUCAGAUCAUUGAGAUGGAACUGGUGAAAGCUAAGUCUUUUGAACAACUGGGAAACUGGGGCUGCUGGUCUUCCUGGUCGCUGUGCUCCGGGGGGCGUCGCAGACGGACGCGCACAUGCAAUACUCAAGGUGUAGCAGGCGGAAUUUGCAAAGGAGACAAAACCCGUGAAGACUACUGCUAAUAGUAGCACAAAUACACAAAUUAUCGUGGAAUAUUAAAAUGCUGUGAACAAAAUAAGACAUAAAUUACAGUUGCAUGUACAUUUAGAUAUUUCUCUCAUAAAGAGCGGUUUGGAGAAACACACGUGUGACAACACUGCCAUCUUGUGAUCAUUUAGUAUUUAAAUUACAGAAACAGCAAACUUUUCUAACAUGACCUGACUUUUUGCCUACCACAGCCGUACCAUACAGUCAUGGUUUCUCAAAUAAAUUUCACGGCCCUUUCAAAUA